GCGGUGUUGUUGGCGGUGUCAUGCUGGGCCUGGGGCGGGCGCUGGGCGAAACGAUGGCCGUUACCUUCGUUAUCGGCAAUAUGAGUCAAUUGAAUUCGCUGAGUUUGUUCGAAGCGGCCAAUAGCAUCACUUCGGUAAUGGCCAAUGAGUUUGCAGAGUCAGGCGACAUGCCUGACAGCCACCACAAAGCGGCACUUUUGUAUUUGGGCUUGGUGUUGUUUCUCAUUACCUUUGUGGUGCUGAGCUUAUCGAAAGUUUUACUGGCCCAGUUGCAAAAAUCGGAAGAAAUCAUGAGUAGUGCGGCUGAUAAAAAGUUUGCACGCCGUAAACUGGUCAAUAAGGUGGCUUUGAGCCUGUCGCUAUUGGCGAUGGCCUUCGGUGUUUUCUGGCUCUUGUGGAUAUUGUUUGAGACCUUUAAGCUUGGCGUAGGUGGUUUGGCUUUAAGCACCUUCACUAUGGACACCCCCGCGCCCAUGGAGCUUGGGGGGCUGCGUAAUGCGUUAGUGGGCUCUUUGAUUAUGGUGGGUAUGGCCACGUUUGUGGGAGCCCCUAUAGGGGUAAUGGCUGGUAUUUAUUUGGCUGAAUACAAUCGCAAAGGUCCCUUGGCGGUAUCGGUGCGUUUUAUUAACGAUAUUUUAUUGUCAGCGCCUAGUAUCGUUAUUGGCCUAUUCGUUUAUGUCACUUUGGUGGCGCAGUUUAAAACCUAUUCGGCUUGGGCUGGUGCGGUUGCGCUUGCGCUUUUGGUGAUUCCCGUGGUCAUUCGUACUACAGAAAAUAUGCUAUUGCUGGUGCCCGAUAGUUUGCGGGAAGCGGCUUUCGCGCUCGGCACUCCCAGGUGGAAGGUGAUUAGCAAGAUUUGUUUGCGUGCGGCGCGUGCUGGGGUUAUGACUGGAGUCUUGCUG